AUGGUGCACAAGAUUCUGAAAGAAAUGGAGGAUAACAAUGUAGAGCCAGACAAUCUCACGCUAAACUCAAAACUUCAGCUUUACGCAGCGGAAUCCAAUAUCAAAACAAUGGAGAAGCUAUUAGCAGAGUACGAUGCCAAUACAAUAUUCACUUUAUACUGGCGCACGAGCUGCAAGAUGGCAGAAGCUUGCCUGAAACAUGGUUUAGUUGUGGAGGCAGUAAAGAAGAUGAGAAGAGCCAAGGAAUUAGUAGAUCCCACGUCAAAGAAGCUAGUUUACGAGUCUUUAACGGUGUUGUAUGGUGAUGCAGGAAAGGGUGAAGAUGUUUACCGUAUAUGGGACCUGUACAAGGUCGACGUUAAAGACAAAGAAUGUCGAUCAGUAAUUAGUGCCUUGUUGAAAUUAAACGAUAUCAAUGGGGCAAUAAAGGUUUUCAAGGAGAUGUAUUUUGGCGACUUAUUUGAACACAAGUAUGAUAUCCAAAACGUGGCUAUGAUUGCGUCUGCUUGUUGCGAGAGCGGCCAGACAGAGGAAGCCAUGGAGAUCAUGUACAUGAUCAUCAGAGCCCGAGCCGUUUUUAAGAUGAUGAAGCUUAUGGCUGUGUCUUUGGCCGUAGCUGUGGUUUACAUUUCGUUUAACCUUGUCGGUCUGGUGAUCUUUAUUUUGAAGAUGGCUCUAGGGGCAAUAUAG